AUGCUUGACCAGCCCAGCAAUACCCCAAUCUGUGCUGCUCCUGUGUUCAUAGCGUGCUUCCUACUGGCAGGAGCUUAUGCAUGGAACUGGAGUCAACUGAAGAGCAAAGCCAGUAGAUUUGUCCUUGCUGAUUGGACUUUGUCCCCGUCCAAACACCCAUUGUUCCUUGAGUAUAGCCGCCAGGAACUCAGAUCUCAGGUAGAUACAACCGCAGACUCCAUUCUACUUGAACACGGUAAAGAUCGAGCUUAUCAGGGACUCUACAAGCAAGUUUUCAGCAAUGUACCUGACUGGGUAGAUCCCAAGUUGCUACAAAGAGGGAGAGAGGUGUUUUGGAAGUAUGCACUUCCGGGGAUGCUUGUUGGCCUUGCGACUUUUUCCUUGCCCAUCACCUUUCUCUGCGCUGACGGAGCGCAAGUUCUAUCUUGCACUGGUCGCUUCAAACGAGGUGCCCCAUCGCGACUGUUUGAUACAAUCAUCUUUGUGUACACAAUCAUGUCUGAUGAAGAGCCUCUCAUGGCCAAUGGCAGGGGUCGGGAAGACAUUAUCAAAGUGCGACUGCUGCACUCAAAAGUACGCAAGUUUCUUUUGGAGCAGCAUGGAUGGGAUAGCGAAGCUUUGGGGGCACCAAUCAAUCAUGAAGACCAAGCAGGGACACUACUAUCGUUCUCGUACUUGUCAAUACUCUACACAGAACUCAUCCUGGGAACAGAGGUUAGCCAAGAAGACCGGAUAGCGUUCCAUCAUGUAUGGCGCUAUGUAGGGUGGGCCCUGGGCAUACCAGAAGCAUUGCUGACCAAAGACUACACGGAUGAUGCAGCCUAUGCUCACGCCACCUUUGGCCGGAACUUGAAAUUGAGUUCACCAGCACCGUUGAAUCUGAAGACAUUGUUCUCAGCUCUUUCCAAAAAGGAGUUGGGUCUGUUACGGUAUGUCCCUCAUACUUUCUGGGCUGCAUCCUUUCGGCUUGCGGUGGGGGAGGAAACGGCAGACAGUGCUGGGAUUCCAAGUUUUUCUUUGUGGGCUAUUUUGUGGCUGGUCAAUCUGAGAUUCAUGGCACAGGCGGCCAACUGUAUACUUCGUCUCUUGAUCCUAUGUAAUCCCAAAGCUGCAUCCUUGUGUGUCCAAUGGGUUGUCCGGGCAAUCCUUUGCUUGAAACCACAAGAAUACAAACCAAAGUAUGAACUCAAGACCCAUAGAUCCAGAACGAACCUUUUGAGCUUUGGACUUCCUUCAAGUUUGAAGAGUAGCUUUCGAAACCGGCCGCAGAGGAGCUCCACCAGCGAGAAGAAGUCAGUUCGGUCCGUGAGUUUACGACUGCUGCUGCGGGAUUUCAUGGGAGGGAGCUUGAUGACCAGCCAAGCUUCUGAAUUUUUCAGCUCACAUAAUAGCUAG